AUGGCCGCGAUCCGCUCUCGAGCAUAUUCAUCACGUUAUGACCAGAGCCGGGCCGAUUUGAGGCUCUGGGCGCUUUACGCCAGAGCCGGGCUAAUCUGGACAGUUUACGCCGUCACUGCGCUACUACUUAUCGGGCUCAAGCCGCGCCUGUCUGCAGCAGCAUCUGCGCAUGGAAAUAUUUUUAAGGGAUCUUCCAUGUCGCAAACGCCGCACGUGUCAUCAGCAGCAGCAGCAGCAGCAGCAGAAGCAGCAGCAGCAGCAUCUGGGCAUGAGAUUGAGCCGCUAUUGCCAGCAGCACCAGCGUCUGGGCAUGAGACCGUGCGAACCUCUCGCUCCCUCUCAGCCGCCCACAAAAGUAUACCAGGUACGAACCGAUCCGUUACCGCGUCCACUCCACACGCGGCGCUAGCAAGCACGCCGCUGUUCCCGUCGAUUUUCCGCGCGCUUGCGCAAUUCUCCUUCGAGACGACUCGGUUCUCCCCACUACCCGGUUCGAUUAGCGAAGUCGCGAGUAUAGCAGGAGUCGAACCGCGGAAAGUCGAUCCGCGAGAGGUCGAUCCGCGAGAGGUCGAUCCGCGAGAGGUCGAUCCGCGGAAGGGGACCAAGAGCGUGAGCAUCAACAACAGCAGCGGGUUCGGCGUGGGACGUUGGGAUUACCAUGCAGCAGCCACCUUUUAUGGUGAACCUGAUGCUACAGGAACCAUGGGCGGCGCAUGCGGUUACGGUAACCUGUACAACACAGGUUACGGCACCAUGACAGCUGCAGCAUCUAUCGGUAUUUUCAACAAUGGUUUACUCUGCGGCGCAUGUUACGAGGUGGAGUGUCUUGGCUCGCCAGCCGUACCGCCCGGAUUCAAGGUCUGCUCCGGAAAGCGCGUGAUCAUAACGAUUACUAAUCUCUGCCCGCCGGGUGGUAACGGCGUGUGUAACGCUCCGCAUCGGCACCUGGAUAUGAGCGAACCGGCCUGGCAGGUGCUUUCCCCGAUUCGAGCAGCUGGGAUUCUUAAAACGCGGAUGAGGCGCGUUCCCUGCAGAAAGAAGGGCGGAAUAAUAUUCCUAAUGACCGGAAACCCUUAUUACUUGCAAGUUCUGGUGUACAAUGUGGCGGGGGUCGGGAGUAUAUCGGGGUUUGAAGUGAACGACGGGAGUGGGAUGGGUUGGGAGCGGUUCCAGCACAACUGGGGCGCGUAUUACUCCAAAAGCAAGAAAUACGGUGGGAGGUCUCUAUCUUUCAGAAUUACAGCGAGCGACGGAGAGGUGCUGACGAUUCUGAAUGCUGUUCCUGCUAAUUGGUCCCUUGGAAUGGCGUAUCAAAGCAGGCUCAACUUCAAGGCAAAGCCUAGACCUGGAGGGCCCGGUUCUGGUGCGCUUACCCCCCUUCCACUAACGCUCAGUUCGUCGAUUUCAUCAUCUUCCAUGGCCCCUCCUUCCCUUAAAAGCGUAGUCUUCCUUGCUUUGCUCGCCGUCGCGCCUUGCGACGCGCACGUGCAGGUCACUCCGCCCGACCAAGUGCCUGUCAUGACGCAAAAGGACCUCCUUAAAGUCAUCUCCAAAUCAGAAAAGCAGCAAAUCGAGGCGCAAAUUCAAUCCGCCCUCGCUAACUUCACCGGCGACGGCGGAAACUCGACGCGGAAAAAGGGGGGGCACAAGAGAGGAAAAGGGAAGAAAGAAGGCCACCGAACCGGCAAGAAAGGACAGCACCACCUCUUGCGAGGAUCGGGGGUCGUUCUUGAUUCCGCCCAAGUCAAGGGUUACGAUGGCGAAAACGACUCUGGUGACGGAAUCGGCGAGAUAGUGACGCUGCCCACGGGCCCCGGCAGCAACGGCCCCGUUAAAGGCAUGGCGCGCGCCCAAAGUGUUCUCCUUCAGCUGUCUUAUAUGGAGGCGACGCUCGGUACAGCGUCGAGGCGCGCGGAGGAGACGAGUUCUUGCGGGAAGUUGCUGUAUCGGGCGCAUUUUCAGAUUCCCAAGGCAAUUGAAUUUGCGGAGAAAGGAGCGCUGGUAAAAGCGGGCUGGAAAGUCGCGUUUGCGCGGUCGCUUGUUGAGGAGUGCCUUAGCGCGGAUCCGCACACGUCGGUGGCAGAGCUUGCGGUGGCGGCGCAGACAGCGGCAAAUCUUCUGAUGCCCGACCUGAAGAAAAACGACAACGCCAACUGGCAGCGGAUCCAAUGGCUGAAAGAUCGCGAGGUGGACCCGAUCGACACCAAGGGCGAAGCAGAGCCGUUGGAUCCUUUGAAUAUCGACUACUGCGAAAAAUUCUCGGAAGUGGAUGACAAUAAUGUGAAGAUUCGGGUGGACACGUCAACUCCUUGCCGCGGAAGCCGCGUGCGCUCGGACGUGCAGUACCCGUCGGGCAUCUUCAGCGCCCGGAUCAAGUGCCCCGACGGGGACAUCAGCGGCUUGGUCCAGUCUUACUAUUUAUCCUCGUUAGAAGGCAGCCACGAUCAGGACGAAAUCGACUUCGAGUUCCUGGGGAAGGACAAGACGCAGGUGCAGACAAACUACUACGUGAACGGGCAGGGCGGGCGGGAGGUUCUGAUCCCGUUAGGGUUCGACUGCUCGUCGGACUUUCACGACUACACCAUCUUCUGGAACGAGAAUCAGAUCGUAUGGCAGAUUGACGGUAAGGUGGUGCGUGUGGCAAAGAACAAGGACGGAGAGCCGUACCCUGUGAAGCCUAUGUAUGUGUACGCGUCCAUAUGGGAUGCGAGCUACGUGCUUGAUGGGCGAUGGUCGGGCGACUGGCGAGGCUGGAACGAGCCCUACAUUGGCGAGUACGAGGACUUGAAGGUGGUCUCACCUGCACCCGACGUCUCCUGCCCGUUUGGCGAAUUCAACGAACUCCUUCGCGAAACGCUGAAGAAGGUUCCUUCCAACUUGCAGUGGUUCUCCUGGGGCUUUGACCAAGUCAUGUUCCUAUUCCACAUCUACCAAGGCUACAUAUUCUCCAUAGCCGCAUACGAGUGCUUCACUCGCAAAGAAGCUCGCAGCAAACUCACAACCCUUCGCAACCUUUUCCUCUCCUCCGCCUCCAUCCCCUCCCCUCCCACAAAACCUUCCGACCUAACCGAAUCCGCCCGCGAAACCCUCGAAACGGCCAUGAAAUCGUGGGUGGUGAAUUCCCGAGGGGUGGUGCCGGCGCGACUCAUCCUGAUCCUCCAUCCAGGCGCCCCUAAGAAAUUCCUAACCAAGGAAGACCAAGCUCCGGAAUUCGUACAGGCAGCGGAAGGCAGCGGCACGGCUCGGCUCAAAAGCGCGCUGGAGGAAAUCGACGAGAACGACGACGAUUUUGUGUUCACCAUUCGCAAGCCGGGUACCGGGAAUAGCGCUGGUGGUGACGACGACGAUGGGGAGGAUUUCGUGUUCAACAUUCCCAAGAAGAUUGUGCAAGCAGUCGCCGCCCCGAUUAUCUUCACCAGCCCGCAUCCCAGACAGACGCCUGGGUUCGCCCAGGGGCCUGCCGGUGCUGGUGGGAACAGCGGGAGCAGCAAUCGGGUUCCCUCAGGGCAACAGUCAGGGCGGAAAAGCCCUGCCAUGUCAGGCGCUAAGGUUUCCCCUGAUGACGCAGCCGCAGCAGGAGGGGGAGAGGGAGGAGGAGGCGAGGCAGCGCCUGCUCAGAGCGGGCUGAUAGCUAGAGCCAGAGCCGCGUGGUCCGUUCAGGUGGGUAGGUCGGGGGGAAAGGACGGUGGGGGGACGUGGGAGGGGGAGAAGAUCCGGGGGCAGGUGGGGAAUCUGGCCCCGUCGGGGCUGACCUGGGAGGAGGAGAUUGCGUCUCAGCUGGCGGCGGUUGGGGUGCUGGUGGGGCCGGCGAAGGCCCAGGCCAUGGCUGCUGCUGCCGCUGCUGUGAAGGAAGGGAAGGGCGGCGGUGCGGAUGGGUCUGGUGGUGCUGCUGCUGGGGGGACGGGAGGAGCAGGAGGAGGCGGAGGAGCGGGGGCAGGGGCAGGGGCAGGAGCAGGGGCAGGGGCAGGGGCAGGGGCAGGGGCAGCAGGAGCAGCGGCAGCAGGUGCUACAACUCCUAGAAGCAGGCUGAACCAACCUCCGAUUGAUCACGCACGAUCCUUCUCCACUGCGGGCUCCGGGACCGGGUUUGGCAUGCAGGGGUCGCGGCUGAUAGACCGCGUGUAUGUGGGCAUGCCGGCGCAGGCAGCUGGGAGGAUUUUUGCGCGCAACACGUCCAUGCCCAAUGGCGGGCGGCCAGCUGGCGGUGCGAUCGGAGCGGGGUUUGGCGGGGGCCUGGGCAGGCUGGCUCGGGGGCUGAAGAAGACGUUUAACCUGCAGAGCAGUCAUGACAAGCUGAUUGGUUGA